AUGACCAAUCUUAUCCUCAAGUUAGUUCUCAUCCUAGAGCUUCUUAGCGGUGAAAGAUUAAGUGAACUUGAUAUUGUCAAUCUUCAACAUAACCUCAGAAUGAGGAGAAAGAUGACUGAUUUACAUCCAGAUGAUAGAUAUAUAGUGAGGAGAAUUUACCUUCAAAGAAAGCUUUGUCAACCUGAAGAAUUCAAGUAUCCUCAAUCACUUUACGGGACGAAAAAGUGUAGAUUUAACGUUACUUGGCAAACUUGGCUUGAGUGUAGUGUUUUUAAAGAUGCUGAUUUUUGUUUCAUUUGCUAUUUGUUCAAAGAUGAACACACAGUUGGAGGUGAUGCUUUUGUUGGUGAGGGUUUCAGCUGUUGGAAUAGAUUAUGUACACUUAAAGAUCAUGCAAUUACACACAUGGGUGUCCACCAUAAGGUGGUGGUUGCAAUGGAGUUAUUCAAGAAACAAAAGAGUAGUAUUACCACCGCUUUAUCAAAGAAAACGGAGGAAACUAUGAGUGGGUUGUCUUUUCGUGGUCACGAUGAAGGUGAAAGUUCAUUGAAUAGAGGUAAUUUUAUUGCAUUAUUGACUCUUGUUUCCGAACAUGAUGUUGAAUAUUCCAAAGUUGUUUUGAAAAAGGCUCCUCGUAAUUUUCAACUUACUUCUCUGGAUGUUCAAAAAGAUAUUAUCAAUGCUUGUGCAAAAGAGAAAACUAAAGAAAUACUUGAAGAUCAUAAAGAUCUUAAGGCUGCUAAUGAGUCAUUACUCAUGGAGUUCUCUUUAACUUUCUCUCAAGUUCGGGAUCAGGGUUAUGAUGGGGAAAGCAAUAUACAAGGUUCAACCAGUGGCCUCAAAACUUUGAUAUUGAAUGAAUGUUCUCAAGCAUACUUUGUACAUUGCUUUGCCCAUCAACUUCAGUUGACACAAGUUUCCCUUGCUAAAAAGAAUUCAGAUCGUUUUUGGUUUUUUGUUGAUGUACUUGAAACUCUCUUGAAUUUUGUGGGAGGUUCACCUAAGAGGAAAGAAUUUCUUCGAGAAAUACAAGCUCGACGUGUUGUAGAGCAUUAUCAUUAG